ACUAUUGAGUUAUGGACCAAAGAAACUCUGUGCUUCUUCUGCUAUUGCUUCUGUUCCAAGUUCUGUUUGUAGCAACACAGAACUCCAAUCGAGACUUUACUGCUUUAUCAUCUCUCACUGAAUUUUGGGAAAACAAGCCACCAAGUUGGGUGGGCACAGAUCCUUGUGGUGGUUGGGAAGGCAUCGAAUGUAACAAUUCGAGAGUGGCAUCAAUAAAACUGUUAAGCAUGAACUUAAAAGGCAGGUUGACGGAGGCUAUUGGGAGAUUAACUGAAUUAACGACUCUGGACCUCUCUUACAACAAAGGCAUGGGUGGAAGAAUUCCAGCUGAAAUUGGGAAUUUGAGUAAAUUACAAAUCCUGUCAUUGGUUGGUUGUGAUUUCUCUGGUCCUAUUCCUGAAUCAUUAGGAGAUCUUAAGCGGCUGACCUUUUUAGCUCUUAAUCUUAAUCGGUUGAGUGGAAAUAUUCCACGUACGUUGGGCAAUCUAUCCAAUGUCAAUUGGCUAGAUAUUGCAGACAACCAGAUUGAAGGACCUAUCCCUAUCUCUGAUGAAGAAGGACCUGGUCUUGACAUGCUACUCAAAGCAGAGCACUUUCAUUUUGGAAACAACCGCCUCUCAGGGGAAGUUCAAGCUAAGCUUUUAAGUUCAAAGAUGAUACUGAAACACCUGCUUCUUGACAACAAUCACCUAGUUGGCAGCAUUCCAGACACUACUGGAUUGAUAAAGACAUUGACGGUGGUACGGUAUGAUCACAAUCAAAUGACUGGAGAAGUGCCUUCAAGUAUCAAAAAUCUCACAAAACUCACUGAUCUGAAUUUAGGCAACAAUAAACUAAAUGGCUCUAUGCCCGAUCUUACUGGAUUAGAUGCACUCGCCUCUGUGGAUUUGAGCAACAACUCUUUUAAUCCUUCCAAUAUCCCUUCAUGGGCCUCAAGCUUGCCAUAUUUAACUACACUAUUAUUGGAAAGCACUGGACUGCAAGGGGAAAUACCGGACUCCUUAUUUAGCCAAUCUAAUUUAGAGACUGUGAUAUUGAGGAAUAAUAAGCUCAAUGGUACCUUGGAUGUCGGCAACAGCCUACCCAAUUUGAAUCUUAUUGAUUUACAGGAUAAUAGGAUAGGUGACUUUGAACAGAAAAGUGGAGGAACCAGUUUUAAUGUCGUACUAGUUGGAAACCCCAUUUUCUUGAAACAGGAGCUACUUCGCAAAGUUACUGCAAAAGCUCGCAAACUAUAUCACAAUAUUCAACACCAGAAAAUAACUGUAUACCUCCUGUUUGGGUUCAAACAUGGUUUCCAGCCCAAACUGCAAUGUGCAUUUCCCUAUAGAGGAGUUCUGACUUCUAGAGCUCCUGGUUUCUCAAACUUUAGAAACACAAGUUAUUUUAAGGAUCUUGAGCAUGGCCUGUUGACUACUUUCCAGUCCCAUGACCUGCCCGUGGAUUCUGUUUCUCUGACCAAUGCAUUCCAGAAUUCUGUUACUUCUUAUUUUAGUUUGGACGUAGAAGUCUUCCCAUCUCAAAUUGACCGUUUCAACAGAACUGGAGUUUUAAGCAUUUC